ACUAAAAUCUUGUCAUGUACAACUUCAAAGUCUUAUGCUCCUGUUGGGCUCAGAAAUCAAGUUCUGUGACCACAAUAGUUGAGCUCUCUCGGGAGCUCUCUCGAAACACCCGAAACGAAAGGGCGAGCUCCAGUUCUCCAGAUCCCGCCGGCAAGGCUGGUGGUCCUCCUCGUCUCCGGUCGCCAAGAUGGCCGCUGGAGCGGUGGGGGACCCCGGAUCCUUUGCUUGGCCUUGUAUAUAGUUCUAGAGUAGCUAGUGUUAGUGUCCAUGGCGCUGCUGUCCCGGAGGAGUUGACAGUGGCGUGCGGAAUAAGGUGGUCCUGGCUUCUUCUACGCCCGUCCGGCGACACCGGUGAAAAGCUGUGGACCUUUUGGUCUCGUGGAUCUGGGCAUCUGGGUCCUGCGAGUUGUGUCUCGUCCACUGCUUCAGCUCUACAGAGAGGUGGCAUCGACUUGUUCGAUGUUUUGGCUCUGCGGGGAUGUGGCGGCGGCGUUUCUUUUGGAGCAGCGUGUGCUUGGCAUGCUGGCAAUCAGUUGCGGCGGGACGUUGUUCGGGAUGGACAACGGUGGCUGCUGUCAAUGGCUUGUGGUUGCGGUGGAAGUAUCUGGGCGCUUCAUGUGGAACGCUUUGGCGUUGACCCCAGAUUCGGAUCUGGAGCAGCUCGGAGUGCAUCUUCAGAAGGGAGAUCGCCUCCGGCCUAUAUUUUCUUCUGCUUUAGACUGCGGCUCAUCAAUGCCUAUGUGCAAGGGGCUUCUUCAGGUUCAGGGAUAGGCUUCGUCGGCGACACUUUCCUGAUCCGGUGCCGGCUUCGGCUUUGGCAUCGACGAAGGACAUCAUUGCUCGGCGAGCAUGGUUCACGCGGAGGACUCUAGGAUUCGAUUUACUCCUUUUCUUAGCUAGUGAGGGUCCUCUCCUUAGAGCAUCCCAGCCGUUGGGGCUCCCAGGCCGAAAUCCGGCGCUAAAUAGCGUCGGAUAGAUGUAAUUUUUGGUCUUGGGAGGCCCAUUUUUCCAGUGGCGAGCCCAGGAUGGAUGAAAGUUUUUGACGAAAUACGACGAAUUCAGAUAAAAUUGGACGAAACUCGUUCAAACAUAAGCGAAAUUUAAUGAUAUUUAACAUAUAUAGGCGAGUUCGUACAUAAAUAGGCCGAAUUCGUAUAUAUAUUUGAAUUUGGCGAUGGGAUAACUUAAACUUAAACUAAAACCGGCGUUCUACAUGCUAAAUGGCCGUAGAAGGCCGUGUACUCCGUGCCGUCAUCGUCGUCGCUCAAGCUGGCGGUGUCCUGGGGUGGCGCCGCUUCGUACCAGCGGCUCGUACCCUGGCCAGCAUCGCCGGCGCGUGGCGGCGUCGACCGGUAGAUGUCGUCGUCGCUGCUCUCCUCGAGCUUGAUCAGCUCGACGGUCCUGGGCGCGGCGCUCCUUCCCCCGGCCGGUGCGGCGGCACGGACGGCGAGUUGCCGCGCGGCGGCCAGGUCCAGCAGCCGCCGCCGCUGCUGCUCCGCUUCCUGGCGCUCCCAGUCCCGCAUGGACCACUCCAGCGCGGCGUCAAUGGGGAGGCUGUUGUCGGCGGGCACCAGGUCCUGCAGCGACCUGGCGAUCGCCACCUCCACCGCGGCGUCCUCUGCGCGCUUGGCCUCCUCCUCGGCGAGCUGGUUGGCGGCGGCGGCCUCCUUCUUCGACGACUUCCUCUUCCGCCCGCGCUGCGGAGAGGAGGGUUGGUCGUGGAUGACGAGGGCGCCGCUCCUGCGCCCUCUGGUCGACGGUGGAGACGCUGGCUCCUUCUUGACGAAGGCCGGUGUCGACGGAGACGCCGGCUCCUUCUUGAUGAAGGUCGAGGGCGCAGAUCCGCCGGACCUCGACGCGGACCUCGACCCAGACGAGGAGGAGGACGGCGUCAUCCUCCUCGGCGUCCAGGAACUACCGUGUCGGCGCGACACGGUAGCCGCCUCCGACGGCGGCAUCCCCAGAGGGGGGUAGUUCCCACCCUCGAUGUGCGCGAGCACAUUCGCGAGGGUGCGGUUAGGCGCGCUCCACCAUUGGCGGCGACCGGCGGCGUUGUUCCUAGCGGGAGGAGGAGGGGGGCCGUCGUAAGCGGCGAGCUCGUGCUCGUACCUACACCGGAAAAAGUCGGUCCACGCCUCGUAGUUGUCGGGGAAGAAGCGUGGCUCCCCGCGCUGCUCGUCACUGAGAGUGACGAGCACCGCGUCGAUCUCCGCCUUGAGGGCGGCCCGACCCAUCGGUAGCGGCGGGAUCGGGACGCCGCCCGCGCUGAGUCGCCAUCCUCCCGGCGCGUGGAAGUCCGGCGGUGCCGGGUAGCGGAUUUUGGCUCGUCCAGCCCACGAUGCCGUGCCUGUGCUAGUCCUGGCCAAAUCAUUGGCCACUUGAGGGCGGUGGAAAAUUGGUAGCUUUCACUAGGUCCAGUUCCAGUCCGUUCCUUCUUUCUUUUUCUUUGGCAAGCCAGUCAGUUGCUUCGAUCGCUCAAUAGAUGAGCCUGCAACUCUGUUUGUACCAUUUUUUUUUCUCUCCUGCAAAAGCGCAUGCUGCCGCCCAGCAGGCCUUCCGUGGCUUCGUGUCAAGUUUGAAAACUUCAAAAGAGUAACUGUAGUGCAACACUGGAGUGUACGAUAGUACUGUAUUUUGAAUUGUAGCACUUUCUGCUAUUUUCAGUUUCUUAAUAACUUUCUACGUAUUUAUAACCAAACCAUCCAAGACAAUCCCACCCAAAAAAUCGUUUUUCCACAAAAUAGCUCCACAACUGGCGGAUAAUUCAUAUCUUUAGGCUUCUCCACGAUGGGGGUUCUUUAGGUGUUGCUCUAGGUGUUGAACAGUACUGCCACUGGGCUGACAUGUUGGUCCACUGCGCCGUGUAUGGGCGGAACACCAGUGGCCGGGGGUUGUGUCUGGCGACCUUGUCACCUCUGGCAGCCAAGGUUCAGACAGUUUGGGUGUUUGAAGAGCCAUCAUCUGUCAUGCCACCUCUUCCUUCACUUCCACACUUAUUCACGUGCUUCCUCAACAUUGUCCUUUACUUCCGUCCUCUUCGGUUCAACCUAACAAUGCAAUGGCAAGGAGGUUCAAGUAGUAUUUAGUCCAAGUGAAUAGGAGAUGGACACACAUAAAGGAGAAGGAGAAGAUUCACGUCUGAAGGCCAUGUUGUCAUGUCACAAAUUGGAGCGCUUGAUAUGGUAAUGUCCAGGAAACCAACCAUUUCACAUCUCCCCGUCCUCGGUUUUACUCUUCCCUAUUUUUUGAAGAGUAAACUAUCAAGUUAGGCUCGUGAUUGAACCUAUGCAAGAAUCUUCUUGGGCUUACUUAGAUAAGCAUGUCAUUUGGUACAAUGCACGAAUAUCCUCAGAAUGUGUUGUUCUUAUGGAAAUAAAGACGCGUUAGAAUGCACCAACCGAAAUUCAUUAACUACAUUGCGAUAAAGUAGUUGUUGCUCCGUAGAUGUGAAUGGAUCAUCUCAUACCAACGAGACAUCUCUCUCGUUUCCUUGCUCUUUUGUAUCAUCAGCUAUUUAACAUAGUUUUGGUUUGAGAGGACAGACGACAUACCCGUGGUACAUGCUUGAACAAGCACACCACAUCUGUUUACUUACAAUAUGAAGUUCUUUAGCAUGUUGAGCCAUGAGACCUUGGUAGGCUUGAGUUUUGACUUUGUAAGAAAAUGAUUGACCGGUCAAAGUUACGGUUACAAACACGCAAUAUUGAAACGUUUGUCACGUGCAGAAAUUUUGAAAGAUUUCUCUGGCUGGAAUUAAUUCUAUCACACUCUUUUGGCCGAAUGUAAUUGUAGAAAAUAUGAAAGGGUAUACAAUUAUUAAUGUCCUUAAUUAUCGUUUCCAUCAUCUGGCUAUAUAGUAUCUGUGCGAUAUGCGUUUGGCAUCACUUGGCAGCGCAGAUGAAUCAGGUGAGCUCCAGCGCCAUUGGCGGGUCUGAUGUGCCGCCACCACCAGAACAGCAACAGAUGUUGGAUGCGGUAGGCCUCACCAUGGGGGUGGAUACCAAGUUGGCGAUGAGGCGCAGCAUUAACCGAGACAGGAUAUCCGAGCAUAUAGAGAGUAAGAAAUACUUGGCUAACUUGCAAGGGAUGCUGCCAGACCUUGCGACACAGCUCGAGGAAAUAUUGUUUAAAGUUCAUGGAUGCAAGAGGGAGUACUACAAUAUGGUGGAGCGGCUGUUUGAGCCAGAAUUGCAGCUUGCUAUCCAGCUCUUGAGUGUCCAGAACCCACAAAAUCAAGAACUGUCAAGGAAUAUCCAAACUUUCCCUGCAAUAGGAACAGAUUUUUGCGCACCUGGUAGUAUCAAGGGCGAAAGUGGAAAUCCUAUGAUGUAUUCAGAUGUGAAAUUUAAGAUGGGACUUGCUUCUUCAUCUCUAAUAGGAAAACAUCCCAAGGUGAUGGAGGCGAAGGAGGUCCCAAGGGAACUAAAGUUCAGCUGCCCAGUCUGCAUGAACGAGCUGGUGGAUGCAUCAUCCACCAUAUGCGGCCACAUCUUCUGCGAGAACUGCAUCAAGGCCUCUAUCCAGGCUCAGAGAAAGUGCCCUACCUGCCGGAAGAAGCUGACCCUGCGCGGUUUCCACCGGCUCUACCUCCCGGCGACAAACUAGAGCCGCUGCGCUAAUCUGAACUUUCUCCCCACCAGCAUUUUGGGAUUGUAUCUGAAUGACUGAAUCAGCCUUCACAAGGUUAUCGUUACCAAUUAGUUUUUUCCCAAAAAUUUGAGAACCAUGUUUUCAUGGCACUUGAGACGUCGUUAUCAAUAAGUAUCUGUAGCUGGUUAAGAAUAUAGAUAUCUCAAGACUGUUGUUGCCUUUCCUUUGGCAUGUCAAAGCCCGUGCCUGGUAUUGUGAACUCCGUGUGCGAUGAAAUAUUUGAUAUAUAUUUUUUCUGUUUUUUA